AUGGAUAUGCAACUAAAAUCGAUGAAAAAAUCAAGAAGGAUGCAUAAAAUGUAUGCAUCAAAAAUUAUAGAAGAAACGAAUAUCUUAUUAGAUAAGGAACUUGAGUCUAGCGAAAAUCGUGAAGAUGUGGAAACUGACUUAAAUACGAACUUGGAGCUGUUGAACAUAAAAAUGAAAGUUAUAGAAAAUCUUAACGAUAAAAUAAGUGAGUUGUUGGAAGAUGAUGAUGAGAUUUGCACGGAUAUGAACGAAUCUGGAGACUUUCAAAGGUACAUUUUAAAAACCACUAUACGCAUCGAAAAGUAUCUUAAACAAAAUCUUAAUGAAUCUUCAUUCCAUAUUGAGAAACCAGCUUCCAAACCUAAAUAUUCAAUCUCUGCCAAACUGCCCAAGCUGACACUUCCCAAGUAUAGUGGCGAUCCAAUGACCUUUCAAUCAUUUUGGGACAGUUUUGAUAGUGCUAUCCAUUCAAACCAAGUAUUAAAUGACAUUUCUAAAUUCAAUUACCUCAAAAGUCUCUUAGAAGGAAAUGCGAGUCUUUCAAUCCAAGGUUUAGCCAUAACAGGUGAAAAUUAUAGAACUGCAAUUAAAAUUCUUAAAGAAAGAUUUGGAGACGAACAAGUGAUAAUAAGCGCUCACAUGGAUGCUCUUCUCAACAUUCAACCUACUCAAAGUAAUAAAGUCUCUGAAAUCCGAACAAUCUUCGACUUAGUCGAAAUUCAUACUAAAAACUUAGAACUCUUAAAUGUUAACUCAGAGGAUUUUGGUCCAGUACUUGUAUCACUAAUAAUGAGUAAAUUGCCUAAAGACUUUAAACUCGACAUUACACGAAAGAUGCCUCAAGGAAAGUGGAAAAUAAUAGACCUUAUGAACUGCUUCAGAGAGGAACUUAUAGCUCGUGAGCGUUGUAUAUCUAUGGAAAAAGGAAUGAGUAACUUGGACAUAAAUCAAGAUCAUUUUCCAAAAUACAUAUCAACAUUGCACUCUCAACAAAAACAUGUAAAACCAAGAGAGUGGCAACCCAAAUCAGUUAAGCUCAUUUCUUGUUCAUUUUGUAAAGGUAAACAUCCAAAUAAUCGGUGUAAUGUUGUUACAGAUUGUAAUGGUAAGCAUCAUAUUUCAAUUUGUGAUAAAAAAAACAAUGCUGGAGCUUAUGUAAACUCAAAUUCAGAUAAAACCAUACCAGACACCUCAGUCAAUGUUGUUGGUUGUCAAGAUAAUAUUCUCCUACAAACUGCAAAAGCUGAAAUAUCAGACACAAGCAACUCAAUAAAGAAAACUAAAAUUAUUGCAAGAGUGUUAUUUGAUAAUUGCUCUCAAAAGUCCUUUGUGACAUCUGAUGUAAGAAAGAAGUUGAAUCUCAAAACUAUUCGAAACGAAAUUCUAAAUGUAAAAGUGUUUGGAGAAAGCUGUGAAAAGCCUCGAAAAUUUGACCUUGUCAGUAUUAAAAUUAAAAACAUCCAAACCAAUCAUUAUUCUACAAUCGAAGCAUAUGUUACACCAAUCAUAUGCUCUCCUAUUAUCAAUCAACGAAUCGACCUUGCAAAAUUGCAGCACACAGAAUUAGCCAAUAUACCGAUAGCUGAUGAUUUAAAAGAUGGAAAAGAAAUUGACAUAUUAAUAGGUGCAAAUUACUACUGGAGCUUUGUAACAGGACAAUUAAUUAGAGCAAACCAAUCACUAACCGCAGUAAACACAAUUCUUGGUUGGACUCUUAAUGGAAAUGUUAAAUCAAUUAAUUCUGCUUCUGUAAAUAUAGCAUCUGUUCUUCAUACAUCUUCUGAACCAAUCUUAGUUAAUUCUGACGAUCUUGGCAGUCUUGGUAAAUUCUGGGAAUUAGAAGAUAUUAAUGAAAUAAACACAACCUUUGACUUAAAAAAUUUCUAUGACAAAAUCCAGUUUAAUGGUAAGAGAUAUUCCGUACCUCUACCUUGGAAACAAGAACGCAAACAGAUUCCAGAUAAUUAUGAGAAAAGCAAACUCAGAUUGCUAUCCACUUACAAUCGUCUCAAGAUAAAUCUAAACUUAUUGCAACAGUACAAUGAGAUUAUACGUCAGCAGGAACAUGAAGGAAUUAUAGAAAGAAUCCCCGAUUUUCCACCACUCGUAGGACAAGUCCAUUAUCUUCCGCAUCACGCAGUAAUCAAAGAGGAAAAGUCUACCACAAAAUUACGAAUUGUCUUUGAUGCAUCGUCAAAUAGUCCUUCAUUAAACGAUUGUUUGGAAAAGGGUCCUUGCCUGCUUCCCAUGUUAAUUGAUAUUCUUAUAAGAUUUGGGACUUACAAAAUAGCAGUAGCUAGUGAUAUCGAAAAAGCAUUUCUCAACAUUGCUGUAAACAAAAAUGAUCGUGACUUUUUGAGAUUCUUGUGGUUCGACAAUGUAAACAACAGCAAUCCAAAAGUUAUCUCUUAUCGCUAUACUAGAGUACUAUUUGGUAUGAACUCGUCACAAUUCUUAUUAUUAGUAUCUAUCAUGAAACAUUUAUAUCAAUACAAACAUUGCGAUCCAGAAUUUGUGAACAAUUUCUUAAUAAAUUUAUAUGUUGACGAUAGCAUUGCAGGAGGAGAUACAUCAAAUGAGGUACUCGAAUUUUGCCUCAAAGCAAAAUCACGUCUAAAGACAGCAGGGUUAAACCUUAGAAAAUGGCGUUCAAAUAACAGUCGCCUUAUUUCAAAUAUAUCAUCUUUCAAUCCACAAGAUCACCCAAGUACGGAAAGUAAAAUCCUAGGCAUCACAUGGGACACUGGUCAUGACAAAUUGUCAAUUAAUCUAACUAAACAAUAUGAAGCUGGAACAAAUAAAAGAGUCACAAAGAGAAAUGUUCUAAAAAUUAUUGCAUCUAUAUAUGACCCAAUCGGAAUCAUUUCUCCCUUAAUUUUACCACUAAAGCUCAUUUUUCAAAAAAUAUGCACUACAAUAAAAAAUUGGGACAAGGAGCUAAAUGACGAAUUAAAAAAUGAGUGGAAUCAGUUAAUGCAGUUAUUAUCUUGUAAUCUUGUGUAUGAGUGGCAUCGCUAUUUCUUUAAAGAACAUUUAAUAAAAAACUUAACUAACAUAACUAUACAUGGCUUUUGUGAUGCCAGCAAAAGUGCAUACGCAGCUGUAGUUUUUAUAACUGCCCAAACUCCUGAUAAACAGAUUCUAGGUAGACUUAUUGCCAGCAAAACAAAGAUCUCUCCGCUAAAACCUAUAUCCAUUCCUAAAUUGGAACUGUCUUCUUGUCUACUGCUAUCUUCACUUAUGGCAUGUGUAAUUGAGUCUUUAAAUAGUACCCUUAAAAUAGAGAAUAUUUACUGUUGGAGCGAUGCAAUGGAUGCUUUAUGCUGGAUAAAGAAUAGUUCUGCAAACAGAAACCAAUUCAUUACAAAUAGAAUAACGAAAAUAAAGAAAAACAUUCCACCUAAUCACUGGAGAUUCUGCCCUGGCAAAAUCAAUCCAGCGGAUCUGCCCUCAAGGGGCCUCUCAAUCCUUAAAUCUGGUAAUUGGUUUGAAAAUUGGAUGAAUGGACCUGAGUUUCUUUAUCAAGAUCUCUCAUAUUGGCCGGCAGAACCAUCCGAUAUAUUCAACAAAAGUAAAACUGACGAAAUAUCAAAUCUUAGCGUGGUCGUAAAGGUAAACCCUACGAAAUUCAGCACAGAAAAUAGUGAAGUAAAAGAAGCUCUUGAAACCAACAGCUUGAAUAUGCGUAAUGUAAUCAACGUUGAGCGAUUCAGUUCGUUGCACAAACUUUUUAAAGUUACAGCUUAUGUGUUGAAAUUUAUAAUUAGUCUUAAGCAUCUUAUAAAUAAAGCCAAUAAUCAGACAAAAUCUCUUUGCAUUGCGGAUAUUCGAAAAGCUGAAAUUCUUUGGAUCCGAACCUACCAGUGUGACCUUUCUAACAAAGUGGAAAUUCUGAACAACACUUUAGGUCUCUUCGUCGACGAGGAUAAAGUAGUUCGUUGUAAAGGACGGUUACAAAAUUCAAUACUGCCUUAUAAUGCUAAACACCCAAUUUUGCUACCAAGUGAAUCUUAUUUGUCAGAAUUAUUAAUAUGUCAGGCUCACAAACGAACUCUACAUGCAGGUGUAAAGGAAACUCUCUGCCAAAUAAGGUCAAAAUACUGGAUCCUACGAGGUCGUAAGCUUGUACGCUCAUUGAUAAACAAAUGUUCAUUCUGUAAAAGGUUGUUUGGGAAGGCUUUUACAUCUAAAGUGUCACCACCGUUGCCUCACUAUCGUGUCACUGCAAGUUUUCCUUUCCAGCAUACUGGAGUUGAUUAUUUAGGACCAUUGCACGUUAAACCGAUAUUCGAUGAUAAUUCUACUGAAAUGUAUUCCGUGCACGUAGUGUUAUUUACCUGCGCCACCACCAGAGCCGUUCACCUGGACUUAGUACCUGACUUAUCUGCGAAAUCAUUUGUUCUAUGCUUAAAACGUUUUAUUGGAAGAAGAGGAAUUCCAAAUCUUAUAAUAUCAGACAAUGCCACAUGUUUUAAGAAUGAAGAAGUUAAAUUAAGCGAGGAGCUUUUGUUGUUGGGAAUCGAUUGGAAAUAUAUUAUUGAAGCUGCUCCCUGGUGGGGUGGUUUUUGGGAACGUCUAGUGCAAUCGGUCAAAAAAUCGCUACUCAAGGUUGUGUUUAGAAGUAGCAUCAGAUAUGACGAGCUGGAAAUAAUUCUUUGUGAAAUAGAGGGUCUUCUCAACUCAAGACCAAUAACAUACGCUUACCAUGAAGACACUGAGGAAGUUCUUACCCCUUCCCAUUUGAUGCAUGGUCGAAGACUUAUUUCACCUAACGAAACUAAAGGGGCAGAUCUUGACAAGCUUGAAAGUAAGAUUCAGUUAACUAAACGAAUGAAAUAUUUAAAACUGAUACGUGAUCAUUUUUGGGUAAGAUUUACAAGUGAAUAUCUAGUUAAUCUUAGAGAAUUCCACAAGCAGGGAUCCAGUAAGAGUCGAUCGAUUGAACUGGGAGAAAUUGUUGUUAUUCACUCUGAUAUUAAAAGGUACAAAUGGCGAUUAGGAAAAGUAGUGUCACUGAUUACGGGAAGCGAUAACAUAGUUCGUUCUGCAAUAGUAAAAGUCUUAACAGAUAAAACAAACAAACAAAAUUAUAUUAAGCGUCCUAUCGAAAAGCUGUACCCUAUAGAAGUCAAGUCAGUCGAAACAGUAACUGAUACAGAGCUAAACGCCAGCAACGAUGCUGUAGAUGAAAGUAACGAUUUGUCUGAUACGAAAUACGAAAGACCUGUACGAAUAGCAUCAAGAAACGGAAUACUAAUAAGACGCUUAAUGGGACAAUUUUAA